AUGGGCAGCGACCCAGAGGACAGCAUCGUGUCCAUCCACGUGGAGGCCACUUUGGUCACCAAGACGGGCGGCUGGAGCAAGGUGAACCGGCCAGAGCAGGACAGCUUCGAGCUGGAGCAGUUGCGGACGCAGUGUCCGGAUCCAGUGGACAUCGACCUGAUGUACUCCUUCGGCCGGAAGAGCGGGCUGCCCUUGCAGACCCGCUUCCGCACGGUGCGCCACGUGCAGAAAGGCGACAAGGAGUCUUUUGCCCGCCUGGCCAUGGAGAAGGACGGCACCCACGCGGGCUUCUGGCUGGGGCCCUCGUUGAUCGACGGCUCCUUCCAGGCCUCUAUGGCUCUGGCAGAUGCCGCCACCGGCAUCGGAACCUUGAAGAUCCCGCUUUCCAUCCGAAGGCUGCAGCCUUGUGGUCGGAAGUUCUCCAUUGCGGUUUGGUCAUACUUCCAGUUGAUCGAUUUUACUGACAAGUCCACCGUGUUCCGCUCAUGGCUGCUGAACGACGCAGGGGAGGCCCUGCUCUACUUCGACCAUGUUCACUUGCAGGAGGUGCGUGCCAGCCUCAGAGGGUUCCUAUGCGCUCGCAUCGACCUUGGCUCAGCUUGUGAGGAGGAGGACGAUGAGCGAGAGCCAUUGCGUGGUGGCGUGCCCAUCUCUGAGGAGGAGUGGCGCAAUCUGGAUUGGUUCAUUGGCCAGAGCAUGAUACGGCCGUUGCGAUGUGCAGAGCUGAUCUAUUUGAUUGCUGUCCCGAGCAUUGCAACCGUCGGAGGAUUCUUCACAACCCAGAAGACGGGGUUUCCAGUGAUCUUCUACUUCAUGUACUUGCCGCUGCUUUUAGGUAGUAAAAUCUUGGAGGUUUAUAUAUUGAAGGGCUGGGGUGACAUCGAUUGCAACGCUGCAAGCAUCCAGAGGGCCCAGUGGGCCAAAAUUGGCUUCCGGCAUCCAGUGAUGCUGCUCAUCUUUGGCUCACUGGAGCAUGCGGAUUUGUUCCUGGAUGUCGUCUUUACAGCCACCGCCUUCAGUUCAGGAUUCGCCGCCCAGCUGCCCUUCAGCCUGUGUUUGGAAGACGCUUGA